AUGUAUGACUCCCCUCCUAGAUUCACCACUCAAGGAACCACUCCCCUUGAACCAUUUGGAUCACUCAACUCAUCCUUAUUUUUGAACACAUCUGAUCAACUGACUCCUCCCACUUUUCAACCCUUCAAAAAUCCAACCACCGGUAGCUCCUCCAUUCAUGAAAAUUUCACUGCUAUGCAGAAGGCCAUAGUCAACAUUGGCAUACAAACUCAAGCCUUCUUUGAUUGGCACACUUUUGUGUUUCUUCCAAGAGCUUCUCCACACGUUUCUCCUCCAGCACUGCCUGAGUUUGAAUUUCCCUUCCUCCAACCAUCAAACAACUCCUCUGGAGAUACUGCCUAA